AUCUUUUCUAGCAAAGUGAAGGGACAGGGAGGAAGAUGAUGUUGGGACAACAUUGGACAUGAAGGAGCAGCAUGUCGAAGAUGCGAUUACGAGGGUUGUUUCUAACUUCGUCGAUGCAUUUCAUACCUCUCGAUUCUCCGGGGCUUCGAUUCUGCACCAAUUAUCUGACAAAGAAGACAAAAAGCCACACAAACAAACACCCAACAUAUCUAUACAUACAAAAAAUUUGUAUCUAUAGCUGUCGAUGAGGUGCAAGAAGCACGCCGCCGCCGCCGGCAGCGGCGUCUGCGCAACCUGCCUCCGGGAACGCCUCUGCGUCGUAAUGGCGGCGGAGGCGGCGGCGCAAGUCAUGGUCCGGGACCAGAGUCCGCGUCGGUGCCACCGCUCCUCCGCCGCCACGUGGCUGCCCAAAGGCGGCCACCCGCCGGCGGCGGCCGUCGACGUUGGGAACGAUAGGAAGAAGACUGGUCGGAGAAUUACGUCAUGGUUUUGGAGGCUAUUCGGAUCCGGUCCGGAUUCGGAUCAGGGUCUGGAUCCGAAUCCGGGUACGGGUCCGGGCGAUUUUGUUAAGGCUUCGCCGCAUUGGUUUUCCCCGAUCGUCGCCGGCCGCCGGAGGGAGCCAGGCGAGGCGGCGAACGAAGGUACGGCUGGCGGCGGGAGGAAGCUCCGCCGCGACCGGCGCCGGGGAAUGUCGCCGGAGAGAUGCUCCGACGAGGAAUCGAGCGGGUACUCCUCGUCGGAGUCGUCGCAAGGGUGGAGGCAGACGCCGCGGAGGACGGCGGCGCCGGGGCGGCGGUGCGGUGGGAAGACGGCGGGUCAAUGCAGGGCUGUCUCCGGGCUGGGCUUUUGCCUGAGUCCUUUGGUUCGGGCCAGCCCGAACCGGCAAUGGAACCAGAAAGGAUUCCCGCCAGAGAUGGCGGGGGAGUCCAGACCGCCGGCGAAGAUGCAACUCUCCGACUCCGGUUCGCUUUGCAAGAACCGGUCGCGGAAGCUCGCCGAUAUCGGGCGGUGGAGCCACCACAACCGCCGCCAUUGAUUCAGUCUUCGGACAUUUGACUUUUAACAACUUUGACCUUUGGCAAUAUCGCAGUUCUACUUCUGCCCCGUUUGAUAUUUAUUUAUUAUUGUUGGAUUUUCCUCUUUCGAAAAUGGGCACAUAAGAUUUUU